AUGGCUCCUCAAUGGAAUGUGCAUCGAAAGCUUCUCAAUUCAAUGUUUAGUUUGAAAAUUCUUCAGUCUUAUCUUCCAAUUUUUAAUAAAGAAUCCAAAAUUUUGGUUUCUCGUCUUGAAGAUCUCUGCAACAGGAAGGAUCCCAUAGAUAUUUGCAUGUAUACGAAAACAAUGACUUAUGAUGCAAUUUACCAUACAACAUUGAAUAAGGAGCUAAGUACGCAACAGAACCAGAAUUUUGAUCUUCUCGAAAGCUCAAAUAAGGUCGCUGCUAUAUGUGGAAAAAGAGUUUUCAAUCCUUUCCUUCGGUGGGAUUUUAUCUAUCGGUUAACAUCCACUUACAGAGAAGAAAAGAAGUAUGAGAAAAUUAUUCGAGAACCAACAAUAAAGGCUAUAGAGGAAAGAAAAUUAAUUUGGAAGGAAAACUUUGAGAAAUCUCAGGAAAUUCAAAGUACAAAUUCGGAAAAUGAAGAAGAUUUUAGAAAGCCUCAAAUUUUCGUAGAUCAACUCAUGAAACUUCUUAUGAUUGAAAAGAAAUUUACCCAGGAAGAUGUUAUUGGUGAAGCUUCUGCAGUAAUUGGAGGAGGAUACGAAACAACAGGAAAUGCUCUUGCCUAUUGCAUCCUGAUGCUAGCAAUGUUUCCAGAAAAUCAGGAUAAAAUGUACGAAGAGAUUAAAUCAGUUGUUUUCGAUGAAGAUGUUCAUUGUGAGGAUCUCAACAAAUGCCAUUUUAUCGAAAGAUUUAUCAAGGAAGUUUUGCGUCUAUUCCCAUCGGCACCACUUAUUGGCAGAAAAGCUGCAGAUACAAUUAAAUUAGGAAAGUACAUCAUUCCAGAAGGAACCAACUUCCUAAUCCCAAUAAUUCUCGUACAUAGAAGUAGAGAGAUUUGGGGUUCUACCGCUGAGAAUUUUGAUCCAGAUCGUUUUCUCCCGGAGAAUAUGGAAAACAUUCAUCCCUACGCUUUCUUACCUUUCGCCGGAGGACCAAGACAUUGUAUUGGCAUUAAGUACACCUACAUGAUUAUCAAGACAGCCCUCAUUCAUAUUGUGAGAAACUUUAAAUUCCGCACUGAUCUUAAAUUGGAAGAUCUUGAUUUCGAAUGGGAUAUUACGUUGCAUCUCCUGAACAAACAUAUGGUUUACGUGGAGAAAAGAAAUCAUUAA